AUGUCUGACGAUGAUAUCGAAGAAAGUAUGAGAUAUGCUGCUAGAAAACUUGGCUUUGUGGACGGCUUUCGAGACCAGCAACGAACGUGUCUCAAGUCUUUUCUCCGUGGCCACGAUGUCUUCAUUGCGCUCCCUACAGGUUUCAGCAAGAGCGCAGUCUUCCAAGCCGCACCGCUUUGCGUGGACUUUCUCCGACAACUCGGUGAUCAUGGCGAUACUACUGAACGCUCUUUAGCCAUCGUCGUCAUGCCGCUGAAGUCCCUUGUUGCAGACCAGAUGAGCAGGGCCAAAGAACUUGGCAUCAACGCUUGUAGAUCUGUCUGCAGGGGAAAUUCCUCCACUGACUCUAAGGCAUUUCGGGGUGCUUAUGGCAGGUUAGGUGAGCUUCGUGUGAGAAUGAAAGCGUCUAUGCCCACCGUCGCUAUGACUGCUACCGCCAGCAAUGAUACAAUAAGACGUGUUGUAGACAGCCUUGGACUGAGGAACUUCGUUCUCGUCAAAGAAUCUCCAGAGAAGCCCAACAUCAAGCACAGUGUGUUCACCACUAAAUCUUGGGACUUCGACACCAUGUUCAAGUGGGUUCUUGAGGAACUUAAGGAGGAUGGCAGUGACACAAAAGAGAACAAUUAUUUACUGUCAGUCAAGAAAAGUUGUCACUGA